ACGCAGGGCGGCGGCCCCGGCCUAGGUGAGCUUGUUGAGACGAGUGUCGAACACUCCAUCUGCACCUUCCGGCCCCUCUCGCGUGAUCUAACCAACCAUGUAUCUGCUGCCCUACUCUGUUCGACGAUGAUGAUCAAGGCUGUCGAGGAUAGCCUGAAGCCCCCACUGGGGCGGAUCAACCUCUCCCGCCAGAAUUCAGGCUGGGGAAUUCCAUGUGCCAGGUUGCUAUACCUUGCUGGAUUUGGGAUAGCUUGCAACCCUGUGAUCUUACCACCCGUUUCAGUGAUUGGCUCUGUUGACUUGGAGUUUUGGACGGCGGGCAGCCAAUCGCGCCUUCUACUGAAUGGAGAUCUGUAG